UUGAAUGUUUUCUCUUUAAGUUAUGUCUAAUAGUGAUGAAUAUCUGACCUUCUUCCUGAAACCAGCUUUUUAUAUACAUCUUCUCUUUGUGAUUCUCAGUUAAGGUCUUUAUACUCUGUAAGUGCAACGCUAGUAUCAUAUGGGUUCCAGGAUCGUUGACUGUCUUCUGAAAGAAGCGUUCAGCAUAAAGGACAUUUCAAGUUAUCAUUUUUAGAAACAAUAAGCCAUUUCCUUAAACAUUUAGAAUGAAAGGCAUGAGCUCAUUCAUUGGUAAUGCUGACUUCACAUUCAUUCUUAAACUCUAAUAAUCAUAUGAUACAUUUGGAAUCUUCAAAUUUAGGUUUUAAUAACUUCAAAAAGACCGCUAUGCAUAUUUUGCAUGAUUUUUCCUAUCCUCUCAAGUCUGCUAAAUUGGUGUACCUCCUGUAUACUCUGCACAGUUCUAACAUUUCGAUGAUUUUUAGGCCAGCAGGCAUCAAAUAGGAGCCAUCCGACUGCUCAAAAUAUGAAACAACCACAGAAUGCUAUCAAUACAAUUACUAUGAUUUGCAUUUGAGAAAUUAUUUAUACAAUCC